AUGAUUACCAAAUUCAUGACCGAGAUCACGGCGCGCUUCAAUCCCUUUUCUGCGUGCGCCAAGCCCGCGCGGCUGUUCCUGACCCUGCUGCCGCCCAACCUGCGGACGAGCGGGACGACGAUCAAUACAACGCUGCUGCCGCGGACGUCGACGGAGCCCAGCUCAGUCGCCGUCAAGUUUAAGGACGGCAAGGAACUCCAGUUCAACACGAGCAAGGUCACCAUCAAGGGCCUGGUGGAGGAAAUGGACCGACACUCGCGCCAGCUACAAAAGAAGGCCGAUCUGACGGAUUAA